GCUCAGUUAAUCACGGGCCCUCUCUCCAUUAGGAAUGGCACGAUUACCGGCUCCGCUGGAGGCCCGGAGACUAUGAGAACAUCACCUCGAUGCGGAUACCUGCGCAGUUCAUCUGGAAGCCCGAUAUAGUGCUAUAUAACAACGCAGACGGUGAUUUCACCGUGACUCACCUGACCAAAGCUCACCUGUUCCACGACGGACGAGUGACCUGGAUCCCGCCGGCCAUCUACAAGAGCUCCUGCAGCAUCGACGUCACGUUCUUCCCCUUCGACCAGCAGAACUGCACCAUGAAGUUCGGCUCCUGGACGUACGACCGCCAGAAGAUCGACCUGAUCUGCACGGCCGACAGCGCAGACCGCACAGAUUACUGGGAGAGCGGCGAGUGGACCAUCAGCAGCGCAGUGGCCACCUACAACCUCAAGCAAUACGAGUGCUGCUCCGAAGUCUACGCUGACAUCACCUACUCCUUCAUCAUCAGGAGACUUCCGCUCUUCUACACCAUCAACCUCAUCGUUCCCUGCCUGCUGAUCUCCUGUCUGACCGUGCUGGUCUUCUACCUCCCUUCCGACUGCGGAGAGAAAGUCACCAUGUGCAUCUCUGUCCUCCUGUCGCUCACCGUCUUCCUCUUGCUUAUUACAGAAAUCAUUCCGUCUACAUCUCUGGUGAUCCCUCUGAUUGGUGAAUACCUGCUCUUCACCAUGAUAUUCGUCACUCUAUCCAUCAUCAUCACUGUGUUUGUGCUGAAUGUGCAUCACAGGUCACCAGAAACCCAUUCGAUGCCUGAAUGGGUGCGUACGUUCUUUUUAGACAUCAUGCAGAGGUUCCUCUUCAUACAGAAGCCUCCUGUGUUGCAGAAGAACUUGCGAAGAACAUCUGUCGAUCCUCGGAAGAGGAAGAGGAGCAGCGCUGCUUCUGUUUGGGACGACGAAGAGGCGAAGGAACCAGCUUUAUCUGUUCCUAUGAAGGUGCAUUCUGCAUUCAUGCAUCCGUUUGCAUCAAACACAGGCGGAUCGAAGACUCGCUCACACAGUGUGGAGAUCAGUCUUGGAGAGCGAGAUCACGCCAGCAUGCGUUAUCGCUCACGCAGCAUCCAGUUCUGUCCUCUGCACGAUCAAGAUCAAUGGAGACCCGCCAAAAGAAUCUCUAAAGUGAGCAGCGCUGGAUUUCAUCCACAGUUCACUCCAUCUCAUGCUACACGGCUGGCCAUCGAAGGAGUGCUGGACAUCACUGAGCACCUGCGCGCCGAACACGUCGACUCAUCUGUACGUCUUCUUCAGGGAUUUCCUUUUGAGUAACUUAAACUUGCUUGAUUUUUAGAGCGUUCUUGACAUCAUAUUUACUUUUGAUUUGGAUACGAGUCGUGUUAACAUUCAUUUGUCAAACUGAACGACUAAGUCAACUGCAAAAAAUAAGUAAUUUUAUGAUUGUUUUUUUAAAACAUAAAACUUGUUGUUCAAUAAAAAACAUCCAUGUUAUUGUAUUUUUAAUUAU